CUGCGCAUUUGUUGCAAACAAGGUGUGUUUUUUUCGAGUCGAAUAUUUAGUUGCUGACAGCAGACCAGUUGAGCAAUGGAGAAGCCGCAAUGCAAACAGUGCUGGACGCUGUUGUUGUUCACCUCGCUGAUCGCCUCGUUUGUGAUAAUGACGAGUUUUUGGUUUUUGAUGCCGCAUCAAAUGCACAUCUGGCAACUCUUCGACAGCAAUGACAGCGGCAGCGCUGCCGCAAAGACGUCGACAGCGGAAUUGAAGUUUUUUAUGCCGCCGCAAACGGUGCCAAAGGAGCUGAAAUUGAAGCGCGGCGCGCCAUUUAUCUAUGAGUUAUUUCCCUAGCUGAGAGCUCGUAUAUUAUUCUAUACAUAUUCUUAAAGUGUUAACAAUAAAUUACAAGUAGUAAGUUUAGCGUAA